GAUAUAGAUGAAAUAACGGAAGUUCCAGAUCCGGUAACCUUCUACAAGGAAUAUGUUCACCCGGAUAAACCAAUCAAAAUGAAGAAAGCAGUUGUAGAUCACCCGGCUUUCACCAAAUGGACAGAUAAAUACUUCCUGAAACUGGACAUACCUCCAAACACCCAAGUUGAAGUGGAAUACCACAAGAAAGAAAUCCGAGGAAUACCUACGAAGGCGGUCAAUUUUAAAGUUUUCGUAACGACACACCGGAAGUCGCAGUUAUACAUGAUUGGAUCGGUCCCCAACUUCUUAAGGAAAGAUUUAAGGCUACAGCACUGUCUUCAAUGUGGCGAUAUGGUCAACAAGAUGAUAGAUACGGCUAUUAUGUGGUUCAGUGGUGGCGGAACGAGUUCAGUGGUUCAUGUGGACUCUUAUCAUAAUCUGAAUUGUGUUUACAGAGGAUCUAAACACUUUGUCUUGGUCAAUCCACACAAAUAUCAACAUUUAUCUCAUAUCGACAGAUUAGAGGGUGGAUAUUCGUCAGUUGAUGUUGAUUCAGUGGAUAUGAGGAAAUACCCUGGUUUAGCGAAGGUAGAAUAUAUUCACGCUCAUAUUGAUGCUGGUGAUUGUCUGUAUAUACCUUAUGGUUGGAUUCAUCAAGUACGAUCUUUCAAUAGCAACAUCGCUACCAAUAUAUGGUGGCAAGGUAUCGCUGAUUUUGAUUUGGACACUUGU